AUGCAGUGGACGCUCGCCGCCGCCGCCGCGGCACUGCUCGCGCAACAGGCCGCCGGGCAGCAGAUGCUCCGGUUCGCGUGCUCGCAGCUGGUGGUCGACCGCGUGGACCCGCUGGUCAACCCGGGCAUGCGCUACACGCCGCACCUGCACCAGAUCGUCGGGGGCAACAGCUUCAACAUCACCAUGGACGACAACCACGACCUGCCCAAGAAGUCCAAAUGCACGUCGUGCAGCUUCCGGGAGGACCUGUCAAACUACUGGACCGCCGUCAUGUUCUUCCAGCACCGCAACGGCAGCUACCAGCGCGUGCCCCAGGUCGGCAACGGCGGGCCGCAGGGCCGGCUGCUCAACGACGGCGGGCUGGACGUCUAUUACAUCCCCAGCGGGAAGGUGACGGCAUUCAAGAAGGGAUUCCGCAUGCUAGCCGGCGACGCGGGCCAGACGCAGGACAGCCGGGUCAGCAAGCAGAACAUCUGCCACCGGUGCUGGACGUCGCCCAACGAGAACACCUUUGUCGGCGGCGCGCCCUGCACGGGCCAGGACACGGUCGGCAUCCCGCAGGACCCGCGCUGCAAGAUGAUCCGCCAGACCAUCAUCUUCCCCUGGUGCUGGGACGGCAAGAACCUCGACUCGCCCGACCACAAGGCCCACGUCGCCUACGGCCAGGGCAACGGAGCCGGCGGCGGCGGCGCCUGCCCGUCCACGCACCCGGUCAAGCUGCCCGUCAUCAUGUACGAGCUGAUGUGGAACGUCACAACCUUCUCCAACCGCAACGACUGGCCCGCCAGCGGCAAUCCCUUCGUCUACAGCAUGGACCUCGGCGGCUCCGCGGCGCACGGCGACUACGUCUUUGGCUGGAAGGACCAGUCGCUGCAGCUGGCCAUGGACAACAAGUGCAAUCUGAACCAGGCGUGCCCCAAGGCUGGCCUCACCGCCGCCCAGCCGGCCGAGUACAACGCCUGCAAGAUCAAGCAGCAGGCCCCAGAGGACGUCAACGGAUGGCUCCAGGCUCUGCCCUUGGGGGCGAGGGCCAUCAAGGCAUGACGGCGAUGGGAGGUUUAUUCGCCGCCGCCACCGCCGCCGCCGUUGUUUCGCCGUUGGGGAAGAUAUCAGGGCUAGGAAGGUAUUGGUAACAUAGAAUGAGACUGUUGUAAUCCAUUUCAAGC